AUGUCAGAUUCGACCAGGUCUAGCAAUGACUCAGAGAAAGAGACUCGGUACAUGUUUGAUUCAACUCCUGAAGCCUCACCUCCUGCGUCUCCGCUUGUGAACAUCAAAGACUCAGAUGAGGAAAUCGAGGAACCAGUUCCUCUGAGAGUGACACCCUCACCAGGCAUCAGACUGAAGUAUGCUAUCAAUUCCCCACGUCCUGGUGAAGUACUGCCCAGUCGUGGAAAGAAAGUGGUGAAGAAGCCCAAGGCUGAGAAGAAAGAAAAGGCCAAGAGAUACAAGGAUGUGCCUCCUCCCACUACUGAAGAAAACUUUGUCUUCUAUUCCUCAGAAGACGAUGUUGAAGGGGAGACCAGGAUGAAGAAAAAGCAUCGUCUCCGGCACAUCAUCCAAAAGCACUCCCAUGUGCUCGCAACUGAGAUCAGAAGAAGAACCAAAGAGGCUGAGAACGCCAACAUGUACUUUCCGACACCUAAGUUGGGGCACUUCAAGAUUGUCCGCAAGGAUGGAGGGCCUCACCGUGAGGAAUUCAACAAGAAGGCUCUAAAGAUCAUCAGAGACAUCAAUUAUGUUGACAUCUCCAAGAAGCCCAAGUCCAAGAAGGCUUCAGAUGCUGAAAAUAGUGAUGUGUUCUUGUCUGAACCUGUAGUCGAGCUGCGUGGUCCUGCCAGAGCUUCUAGGCUCAAAGGUUCUUCAUUGCCUCCUCAGAUUCCUCGCAAGAAGCCCAGUGAAGAAACCAAGGGCAAGGCUAAGAUGCCGGAGAAGAGGAAGAGCUCUGAAGACACAGAGAAGCAGUUUAAGAAGGAUCUGAAGAAAGCCAAGAAAGUCUCUGCUGUCGGACCCGGUUCUUCAUCAAAGGAUGCUGCGGAUGCUGCCGCUAUGGCUUCUGGAGAGAUUCCUUAUCCUCCUCAAGUUGUCCAAAUCGACCCCAUUCCUCUUGCUACAUUUGAGGAAGGAUCACUCCCGGAUCACCUCAUGAGUCAUGUUGAAGGUCUUAUUGUUGCCAAGGCUCAGGCUGAAGAAUGGGAGCUCAACGGAAGUCUUCGUGUUGCUCGAAGAAUAGAAGAAGAAGAACGUGCUGAGAAGGAAAGAACUGAGAAAGCUGAGAAAGAACAUGUUGAGAAAGAAAAGAAAGAAAAAGAAAUUGCUUUGAAGAUCCAGGCUGAGCUUGAGAAGAAGGCUGUGCGUGCUGAACAAAUGAAGCAGGCAGCUGAGAGCAUGAAGGCUGACAAAGCCAAAAGCGAAGCCAGAAAGAAAGCCGCCAAGGAGAAAUCUCCUGAAUAA